GUACCACAGGAGGUUCGGGAAGAUGUUCCGCAUGAAGCUGGGCGCGUUCGACUCGGUGCACAUCGCAGCUCCGUGCCUGCUGGAGGCUCUGUACCGCCGGGAGAGCGCCUGCCCGCAGCGCCUGGAGAUCAAGCCUUGGAAAGCUUAUCGCGACUAUCGCCACGAGGGCUACGGGCUGCUGAUCCUGGAAGGAAAGGACUGGCAGAGGGUAAGAAGUGCCUUUCAAAAGAAGCUAAUGAAACCCAGGGAAGUUGUGAAAUUGGAUACGCCGAUCAAUGAGGUCCUGGAGGAUUUCAUGCACAGAAUAGAUGAAAUUUGUAACCACAAUGGGCAGAUGGAAGAUGUCUAUUCAGAAUUCAACAAAUGGUCAUUUGAAAGUAUCUGCCUGGUGCUGUAUGGAAAGAGGUUUGGCCUCCUGCAGCAGGAUGUGGAAGAAGAAAGUUUGAACUUCAUCAAGGCUGUAAAAACGAUGAUGGCAACCUUUGGAAUGAUGAUGGUGACCCCUGUGGAACUUCACAAGGGUCUGAACACCAAAGUCUGGCAAGCUCACACUAAAGCAUGGGAUGAUAUAUUUAAAACAGCCAAACACUCCAUUGACUGUCGACUGGCAAAACACUCAGCAAACCCUGAGGAGGAUUUUCUGUGUGACAUCUAUUCUGGAGGACAACUCUCCAGGAAGGAGCUGUAUGCUGCCAUUGCAGAGCUGCAGAUUGCUGGAGUUGAGACAACAGCCAAUAGUUUGCUCUGGGCUUUGUAUAACAUUUCACGCAAUCCACACGUCCAGCAGAAGCUUUUCCAGGAAAUCCAGAGUGUUUUGGCUGCUAAUGAGAGUCCAAGUGCUGAAAGUUUGAAGAAUAUGCCUUACCUAAAAGCGUGUCUGAAAGAAUCCAUGAGAUUAACUCCAUCGGUGCCAUUUACCACUCGCACCAUCCACACCGAAAUGGUUCUGGGGAAUUAUGUGCUGCCCAAAGGGACUGUGCUGAUGAUAAACAGCCAUGCCCUGGGAUGCAACGAGGAGUACUUUAGGAGCUGGACUGAGUUUCAACCAGAGCGUUGGUUCCAGAAGAACUCCAUCAAUCCAUUCUCUCACGUGCCCUUCGGCAUCGGGAAGAGGAUGUGCAUCGGGCGCCGCGUGGCAGAGCUGCAGCUGCACUUGGCCCUUUGCUGGCUCCUUCGCAAGUAUCACAUUGUGGCCACUGACAACAAACCAGUGGAGACUCUGCACUCAGGAAUCCUCAUCCCCAACAGGGAGCUUCCCAUUGCCUUCCACAGGAGAUGA